AUGUCAGCCGCCUAUCAGAAGAGACAUUUGGGCUCACACGCGUCUGCCGAGAAAGUAACCCCACAAAAGGUAUUCUUAUCUUGUAUACGAGUCGUGAAUAUGGCAUCUUUGAUCCUGGGAUGCGGGGCUUUCUGUUUCAAUAGUAGUUCUAAGGAACACCUAUCUAAGAAAAGGCUCAAAAAGACUCAAGAAUUUGAGAAGCAACGGCUCGCAAAUGAGGAGCGGGUCAAAAGGUUAUCACACGAAGGAUUGAUACAGGUCCCUCCAGGACUGGGCUUUACCCCUCCCCCUUCGUAUGAAAAUAUCCCUUCCGUGUACAAAAGGAAUGAAAGCUCGGAACUAAAGAAGCUGAUGGCAUUUAAUGUUUAUUGGGCCUGCAAAUAUUCCGGUGGGGAAUUGCCAGCCUAG